AUGAUUGAGGAAGAAGAGGAUGAUGGAGGUAGCACAAGUGAGGAUGAGAUUAUAUCCAUGUGCUGCAACAAUUUGGUGCAGGCCCAGAAUUUGAUCGUGCAGUUGGUUCCUAUUCUGGGUAUGUACUCUGAUAACUACUUUGUGAAACUACCUAGGAGGGUCACUGGAGACUCUGGUUUGGAUUGGGUGCAGGAGACACUAGCUAGAGAUACCCAGUGCUACAACAUGUUUAGGGUUGAGAGACCUUUAUUUAACAGGCUACAUAAUACUUUGGUCCAUUCAUAUGGGUUAAAGUCCACUACAAAAAUGACAUCUGUAGAGGCUCUUGCUAUGUUUUUAUGGGUUGUUGGUUCACCACAGUCAGUUAGACAGGCUGAUAACCGUUUUAGGAGGUCUACAGAGACAGUAAGCAGAUCAUUUAACAGAGUUUUGACAUGUCUCCUAAGGUUAGCACAUGACAUUAUUGUACCCAAUGACCCAACAUUUUCAGAGGUGCACCCAAACUUAGAAAAUCCUGCAUUCUGGCCACACUUCAACGACUGCAUAGGAGCUAUAGAUGGGACACAUGUGAAGGUUGUGGUGGAUAAGAGUAAGAGGAUACCAUACUUGAACAGGCACAAUGAAACCAAUCAGAAUGUGCUUGCUGUUUGUGAUUUCGAUAUGAGAUUUACCUUUGUGUUGUCGGGAUGGCCUGGUUCAGCACAUGACAUGAGAGUUUUUAAAGAUGCCAUAACUACUCAUCAGCACAAAUUUCCACAUCCACCACCAGGGAAGUAUUAUGUGGUUGAUGCAGGGUACCCAAAUCGACCGGGCUACCUUUCACCAUACAGAUGUACAAGGUACCAUGUACAACAAUGGCAAAAUGGCCCGCCGCCACAAGGUAUGAAAGAAACAUUCAACCAUGCACAUGCCAAAGUUAGGAAUGUCAUAGAGCGAUCUUUUGGAGUGUUGAAGAUGAAAUUUAGGAUUUUGUUGAACAUGCCAAGAUUUCCAGAGAACAAGCAAACUAGAAUUAUUGUUGCUUGUAUGGCUCUUCAUAAUUUUAUUCGAGAGAGCAGAAUUGCAGAUAGGGAAUUUGAUGCUUGUGAUGCGGAUGAAAAUUAUAACCCAAUGCCUAGUUCUUCUGCAUCAACAUGGCCAGAGGAUGAACCUCUUAUUGAAGAUAUCAACAUGAAUGCCUUCCGUGAUCAGUUAGCUGGUGCUUUGUUUAAUUGAGUGUAAUUUUUUUUGCUUCAUUCAGGACGUGUAUGUUUGAGUGAGACAUCUCAUUUGUAUGGAGAAAAUAAAAUUUAUCCUGUGAUGGAUGCUUGAUUUCUAAAGAUGUUUG